UUGACUCAAGGUGUAAAAGGGAGGAGGAGGAGGAGGAAAAGGGAAGUAAAGAGCAUGGACAGAGAAUGCAAGUGGGCGGAACACACAGUAAACUGAAAAAACAGGAACAAUAUGAUAACACAUGCCAAAGUACACCUGCACACCUGAGUGAUAGUCAUCAGAGACGGUCGAGGGAGGCAUGAGACUACAAUCAAAGCUCAACUUUAAUAUUUUAAGGCACCAUCCUCUUUGAGUUUAACUUUGUUUGGAAGGAUUCUGGAGACUUGGGAGUUAACUUGUUUGGUUUUUUGUGUUGUUCUUGGGUGCGCAACUCAUUACUCAUCUCGGACUCAAAUCACAGCUGCAGUGGCAACAUAGGAUUUUUAUAUUUUUCGUGAGCAACAUAUCUGAUGAGGAUGUGGUCCGUGAAGAUCAUUAUCCUCCUCCUCUUCUGCUAUGCUUGUCUGUCAACAGAGAGUCGGAAAGUUGAGUUUGUCUCCAGGAACUUCUUCAACGUCCUCCACUGGAGACCUGUUGAGCGAGCCCUUCCUGGGCAAAAGGUCCUUUAUAGCGUCAUGUACACAAGUGAUGUUGAGGGGGUGACUUAUCAGAGAAAAAAGGAGUGCCAGAACAUAACUGCUCUGUCCUGUGACCUGACUAAUGAAACUCCAUCACUUUACGAUGUUCAAUACAAGGCUCAGGUGUUUGCAAAUGGUCGCAAGCAUGGCCACACCAUCAGCUUUAAACCUCUAGCAGACACUACUUUUGGUCCACCAAGCCUAUCAAAUUAUACAACAGUGACAUCUUUGCACGUUAACGUCACCCUGCCCUUGGGACCCAAAGGAGUCUCCGUUGCAGACAUCAUCACCAGAAGCAAGAAAGGACCUGACAAGACUGUUAUUGUUUAUGUCUUAAACAUCACUCAUCCAAAGUGGGCAGCAAGAGUUAACAUAUCCAUUAAUGGAAGCUUCAUCAUCAACUUGAAGAAUAACCGAACAGAGUACUGCGGCUAUGUGGUCUACAAGCCUUCAUGUGAAUGGGGUCGAAAUGAGAGUGAGAAGGCCCACUUCUGUACCAAACUGCAAGAUGAUCCUUUGAAGAUUUUGCCAUGGCUGCUGAUGGGUGCUGCUCUUCUCGUGGCCGUCAUCAUAAUUUCCAUUGUGUUAAUGUGCUGCUAUGCGAGGGGGGGAAAGAUAAAGAAGACGCCACAGCUGUUGGUGACCCCUUUCAAUUCCCCGCCCAGAGUGUUGGAGUUUCCAGAUAAGAAUAUUAUCAUUUCUAAACCAGAAUUCAACACUUCACAAGGUGAACAAACCGUUUACACAACCAUACAAUCAAAGCCAAAUCAGCAAUCAACUGGGACAGGAGGAUAUUCUCCCCAAGACAUUCCCUGUCCAGCCUGGCAAGACAGUGAUGAGUCUUCAAUCAGCACGGGUACACAGAGUCUAACUUCAAAUCCAAGGGACACAAGCAACCAGUCCUCAGAAAUCUACAGUGUUGUGGCUGUCCACGUCCCUGCCGAAGAAAGUACCGAUAGUCAGCCGGAUACCACCGAAAACAGAAACUUCCUGUUGUCUUCCAGUGAAGAAAGCUGGGGUAAAGGUGGAACAAGUCCAAAUCUGACCACACACGGAGUACCACCAUUACCUGUUCUCGACCCUUACGAGAGCAAAGCUGGCAUGCCACUGCAGUUGCACACAGUUCGGGAUUCCAAUGGACAACUCAUGUUGCCUUCACUCACACUUCAGUUACAGAGCAACACAGGUGACAGGGAAAGAAAACCCCUUUUAUCUGACAUCAUAGACUCCAGCAAAGAAGGGCCAUCGUUAGCGUCUCUGCACAGCUUUGACAGCUCAGAGUGGUCAGACUCGGGGUGUGAUGACAGCAGUGUAAACACACCAACCCGUCCGUACUGCAACACCAAUUUCUCCCCAUCUCAGCCAGUUGUUCCUUAUUUGCAACAGGGAUGUCAGAGCACACCAUCUAGUGAUGCAAUGUUUGAAACAGGUUACAAACAAAGCUGGAUGCCUGCAGUCCUUCAUGAAAUUACAUCCAAAGACAGUUGCGGAUACUUAAGGACGAACAAUCAGUGCACAUGGACUAGAUCCAAAACAGAGGAGGAAGAUGAGGAGGAGGAUGAGCAAGGACAAGAGGACAGUUCCAGGGAAAUUCUUCUGGGAGGUUGGGGGUUAAAAAUUAAUGAAUAACUCUAUUCCUUCAAAUUUGAGAGACCCUAUACAUGUUUUUCCAUCCGAGUCCUCAAAUGAGGAUACAUCUGAAUAUAUUUAUUGCAGUAUCUUUUCUUACAGAAAAGGAGGAAGAUGAUGCAAGCACUUACAGUUGGUUUGAUGACGAGAGAAAAAUGUUUCAACAUACUAAUGGAUUAUCUGCAUAUCAAAAAAUCGCGUCAACACCUUUAAUCACAUUUCAUUGCAAAAUACGAUUAAUGUCACUUGAAAUGUGUUUUUAUUUACUGAUCCAAACUUGAAGAAUUUGCAAAUAUGGAGGGAAAGUUUGUAUGUACAUUUGAAGAACACUCUGUAUAUAUAUUUAGAAGUCUGUGUUUACUUUUUUAAGAUAUUAUUUAACAGCCACAUUUUUUCCGGAGUAUUUAUUAAAAAAAUGUGAAAUUGUUGAAUCCAAAGUGAAUGUCUGUCAUAACGGAUGUGAUAUUUUUUGGAUUUGAACUUUCCUGUUAUGUGUUUACAGUGUAAAUAUUUUACAAUUGUUGAUUUUUAAAAAGUGUACAGGGAUAAGCUUUAGACUGCUGUUAGAACAGUCUACAGUUGAAAUCAUCAACUGUAUAAUAGAUGGACGUAGUAUCUGUGACAUCACCCAUCUGUUUCUGAAGCAGAGUUUUGAGGCCUAUUUUCGGUGGUUGACAUAUUGGAAAUGUUGAUUCAACCUAACUUCGGUCAAUCUAGUAUGAAGUAAAGACAUGGAGUUGAGGGAGGCCCUCAGCCUCUUCGCUAACAGUUAUAGGAUUCCCACCUGUCAAUCUAGUCAGUCAUAGGGCAAAACUCAACCUUAAUAUCUUCAAAAAUUCACCCCCUGUACAGUGUAUGCUGAUAGAGAAAUGAACUAUACAGACAAAAUAUGUUUUUUGUACCA